AUGUCUACUCCUCGGGCGUCACCCGCCAUUACAGCAGGACCCAUGGCCACUUGCACACCAGACCGGACGCCCAUGUCUACUCCUCAGGUGACGCCCGCCACUACAGCAGGACCCAGAUCCACUUGCACACCAGACCUGACGCUCAUGUCUACUCCUCAGGCGUCGCCCGCCACUACAGCAGGACCCACGGCCACAUGUACACCAGACCAGACGCUCAUGUCUACUCCUCACGCGUCGCCCGCCACAACACCGGGAUCCACGGCCACUUGCACACCAGACCUGACGCUCAUGUCUACUCCACUACAACAGGGCCCACGCCCACUUGCACACCAGACCGGACACCCAUGUCUACUCCUCAGGCGUCGCCCGCCACUACAACAGGACCCAGAUUCACUUUCACACUAG